AUGGACAUGUCCUCGCAUUCUGGCGCUCCCUGGCUCGACCAGCCGGUGAUGCUUCAUUCCUCACGCGAAAGUGGUCCCUGCAAGUUGACCCCCGAGCAGUGUGCGUACAAGAGCUAUCGCUGGAGGAACUGGUACAUCGCAGAUCAUGUCUACGCCCUGGGGACCAUCUACUUUCUAUGUGCAACGCUCGGUGUCUUCGUCGUCUCUCACUUUCUCAACAAGUACGCACCCUCCUCGCUGAAGAAAAGUCGGCUCUGGCGGAAAGCAGAGGCUGUUGCGCGGUAUGUCGCGUACAAGGGCUUCCAAUUGCCCGCGCUGCGAUACUGGUCCCCGUCUCUGGGCGUCAUCUUGCUGCUUCUGGCAGGCGUGGUCUUCUUCUUCGCAAUGACGCUUGGUCCCAAGCCGUACUACUGGCCCGACCCUGGUGUUGUUAAAUACGGGGGUAGCCCGCCCAUUGCGACAAGGAGCGGCUGGAUGGCUUUGGCUUUGCUGCCAUUUGGAAUGGCUAUAAGCGCCAAAGCCAAUUUGAUAUCCGCUUUGACGGGAGUAUCCCACGAGAAACUGCAGAUCUUUCACCAAUGGAUCGGCUACGCCAUGUUCGUUCUUGCGUUGAUACACACCUUCCCCUUCAUCGUCUACAAUAUCCGCGUUGGGGACAUGGUCAUGCAGUGGGACACGCAGGUCACCUACUGGACCGGUGUGGUAGCUCUCCUUGCUCAGGCCUAUCUGACAUUCUUGUCGAUACCGGUCAUCCGUAAACGCUUCUACGAGACCUUCAAAGCUACUCACCUCCUGGCCGCAUUGGUGUUUAUCCUCUUCUUCUUUUUCCAUUGCGAUUUCCGUCUUUCCUCCUGGGACUACUUCAUCGCUACGGGGUCGAUAUACAUGUUCAGCCUCUUCGCAGCACAAUUCCGCACGUACUGCAUGCAUGGCGUCCACGAAGCCAGUCUCGAUAUCCUCCCAUCCGGCUUCGUUCGAGUCAAGAUCCCCACCAUCACCUCCUGGCGAUCAGGCCAACACAUCUUCAUCCGCUUUUUCGCCCUUGGCCUGCAUUCCCUAACCUCUCACCCCUUCACCAUCGCCUCCACAUACCGCGACCCGGAAAGACUUGGAAAAGCUCCCGAGAUGAUACUCACCAUCCAACCCAGAGGCGGCCUCACGGCACGUCUAGCUAAACUCGCCGCAAAGUCCCCCGGAAUCACCAAGAAAGUCCUCCUGGAAGGUCCCUACGGCGGACUACCCACCACAGCACCCAAUUUGGGGCACUUGGAUACCGUUCUCGUCAUCUCGGGCGGCUCGGGCGCUACCUUCUCUCUCCCUAUUAUCGAAGAAACGCUCCAUCGUCGACUAGCUCUACCGUCAUCACCCGCGACUAGGACCAGCUGCUGCGCUCCUGAACCAUCAUCCCGUAAAAAGCUGCAGGUCGUCUUUGCCACGCGCUCUGCAGCAGUCGCACGGUGGUACAUCGAGGAAGUGGAGGCUUUGUUCUCGACCUACGGCGCCUCAAACGAAUCCUCGGCAGCAGUGUACAUCACUCAAUCUCAAGAGCAACAGAAGUCCACCCGUUUAUCCUCAUCUCUGGAUGAACCUCUAGAAUCCACUGCUGAACUAGCUGACAAGGAGAUAAACCACCCUGAGGACUCGACAUCUUCCCCUUCCCCGCCCUCAAGCCAAUACAACAUCACCCUCCAUAAAUUGGUUAGACCAAACCUCCCCUCCAUCAUUACCGGAGCAACAUCUGCAGAAAGGGGAUCCGGCAACCGAAUCGGCGUCUUCGUCUGUGGACCUGAAUCUAUGUUGCACGAUACGCGGAACGCAGCGGCCGAAGCGCAGGCUCGUGUGCUGAGGGGUGAAGUCGAUGAGGUGUAUUUGCAUUCGGAGCCUUUUUCAUGGUAG